UUUAUCCUGAAUCCUUGUUUCCUGUUACCUGAAUCCAGAUCAAAGAUAGUGCAACAUUGACCAGAGAUGUGCUCGAGCAGCAUUUUAGCGAUUUGAAAGGGACCCUGAAGAAGCUGCUGGACGAGCGACUGAUGUCCCUGCUGCAGGAAGUGGAUGUCAUAGAGCAAGAGAGCAUCAAGCCCCUGGAUGAGUGCCAGAAGCUGAUAGAGCACGGAGUCAGCACCGCUGAUGAUCUGCUGCGGGAAGGAGAGAGUGCAGUCGAUGGAGAUGUGGGACAACAGAAUGAGAAACUUUGCAACUUUACAAAAAAAGCUUUACAUAUUCAGCUAGAUAGCUUACCAGAAGUGCCCUCCUUGGUUGAUGUGCCUUGUUUAUCUGCCCAGCUGGAUGACUGCCUCCUUACUAUAUUGAAAAAUCAAAUAUUCAGACAUGGAACUGUGGCGUCCCGCCCACCUGUACAGCUGGAGGAAUUUGUAGAAAAGCCUGGAGGUAUUUUAGUCCGAUGGUGUAAGGUGGAUGAGGAUUUCAUUCCGCAGGACUACCGGCUGCAGUACCGCAAGAGCACUGCCAGCCACUUUGAGGACGUGUACGUGGGCUCAGAGACGGAGUUCAUGGUGCUGCACAUCGACCCCAACGUGGAUUACCAGUUCCGGGUGUGCGCCCGCGGGGACGGGCGGCAGGAGUGGAGCCCCUGGAGCGUCCCCCAGACCGGCCACACCUCGCUGGUACCCCACGAAUGGACAACUGGUCUGGAGGGUUACAGCCUGAGCAGCCGAAGAAACAUAGCGCUGCGGAAUGAUUCUCAGUCGUGUGGUGUGCUCUACUCCAAAGCUCCUACUUACUUCUGUGGGCAAACAUUAACAUUCAGGAUUGAGACGGUGGGGCAGCCAGACCGCCGGGACAGCCUGGGGGUGUGCGUGGAGCAGCGCAACGGCGACGACUCGCUGCAGCGGGACAAAGCCGUGUGCAUCAGCACCAAUGGAGCAGUAUUUGUAAAUGGAAAAGAGAUGACAAACCAGUUGCCUGCUGUUACUUCUGGCUCGACUGUGACCUUUGACAUGGAAGUUGUGCAGCUGGGACCCUGCAGCAACGAGGGAGGAAACUUCAAGCUUCGAGUAACCAUCAGCUCUAACAACAGAGAAGUGGUCUUUGAUUGGGUACUUGAUCAGUGCUGUGGCUCUUUGUAUUUUGGAUGUUCAUUUUCAUACCCAGGCUGGAAGGUUUUGGUCUUCUAGCAGUGAGUAAAGGGAUUUUUUGUUCCUGCUGUAAAGUGUAAUGUUAAAAGCUGAGUUUCCAGCUGUUUGACAACAAUCUGGUAACAAA